AGAAGAAGUUGAAAGACGGACAGAGGCUUUGUAUAUUUGUUUUGUAGCUGUUUUGAUUAUGUUGUAUCCUCGUUAGCAAAAACCUGCUCUGCUUUUGAAUAUGCCGAAUAGCGUUUGGCACAUUUCUGUUGACUGAGUUGGACAGUGGUUGAGUGAAAUGUUAAACGUGGAGUCGUUGCAAGUGGCUGAGGAGGAGGUGGUUGAAUCCAGCUCCAACAAACUCGGUGACAUUUAUACUUUUGUUGCUAAAGGCAGUUUUCCUCAGACGAUGAAUCCUUUACGGAAGAAGAAUCUUAAAAGAUACGCCCAGAAAUUUAUAAUUGACGAGGGAAAGCUGUACUAUGUGGGACCCAAGAAAGAAGAGAAGAGGGAGGUAGUCAUUGAGACUGAGAGGAAGAGACAGAUUUUUAUCGACUGCCACUUCAACGACAUUGGCCAUCACCUGGGCCAAAAAAAGACUGUCCACAGGAUCCAGAGCAAGUACUACUGGCUGGGGAUCAUCAAGGACGUGGUGGACUGGAUCAAAGUGUGCGAGACGUGUCAGCACUCGGAGAGGAGUAAAAACCUGGCAAGGACGGUUCGGCCCAUCAAAGUGGACGGGCCAUGGGAUAUUGUUGGGAUUGACAUUAUAGGGCCUUUUCCAGAGACUCAGCAAGGCAACAAAAGUGUCACACUUUUCAUUGAUUAUUAUAGUAAAUGGCCAGAGGCUUUUCCAGUGCAAAAAACCGAUGCUCUGUCAGUUGCAAGAUGCAUCUCUAAAUGCAUAUACAGAUUCGGUGCUCCUAAAACAAUAGUGUGCAUGCAAAAUGCUGACUUCUGUGAAGAGGUGACAAAGCUGCUGUGUGACAGAUGGAGCAUUUUGCAGAAGGUUUCUCCUCUGGAUCAGCCUCAGCUUAACCCGCUCCACGACUGCACAAGCUCGAUGCUGAAGGAAGCCGUGGUGCAGAUGGUAACAGAGAAGCAGUCACAAUGGGAUGACUUUUUAGACCCCGUCCUGUUUUUGUUCCGCACCUCCCCUAAUCCAACGACCAAGUUCACCCCUUACACGCUCAUGUUUAACAGGAAGGCCACUUUGCCAAUUGAGACUACACUGAACCUGCUGCAUUAUGACGAACCAGAGCAGGACAUAUAUUCCACAAAGGAGAGGGCUUCUACACAUAUGGUCAUAAUGCAGGAGCAGCAGAAUUUUGUUAAGCAGCUGGUGAUAGCCAACAUGAAUGCAGCCUACAAACAAGAGAAGAAGAAGAAUGCUAAACGCAGGACACACAACGUGCCCACAAUUGACUUUAAAAUGACAGAUCCCCUGUUUGCUGAAGGUGACCCGCCCUCGCCCAAAAAAGUGAAAGAGGGCUUGUAUUUGUCUUUUCCGGUUGAGACUGUGCUGGCCACUGAGCAAAGCAGCUCAGGCGACGUCAAGACUGAGCUGGAGUAUCACUUGGAUGAUUCUGACGUUCACUAAUGUGGACAAAUGGAGAAAAGAGGAUACCAACAGAGCAUGAGUGCAUGCUGCCAGCAGCUGCCUGAAAGAAGUUUUAAAUUCAGAUUUUGGGCUGAAAACUGUUAAGUUAUUGUUUUAAUUUUCAUAUGAAAAUAAAAAAUUAAGCAACA